ACAGAGCCACGCGCGCAUGCGCUGUUCGCCUCGUUCCAAACAGCAAUGGCGGCGUCCUGGUUCGCCGUGUUCAGGUUGCGUAUGAGAGGAAAGAGUGUCGUGGUCCGACACCAAGUCCUAAACCAGGUCCACAACCACACGAGUGUCGGAACACACGUCGGGGCUUCGCAGGUCCAGGCGGCUCCUGAUCACCACAGUGAUGAGAAGGAAAAUGAGCGACGGAGGCUGCUACAUGUUGUUCAGGCAGAGAGACAAGAACAAGCAGAGAGAUCCGUCCUCAUCAGCUGCCACGCCACAAACAGUGAGAAGAAGUUCCUCAAGCACUUGUCAAAAUAUGGAGACAUCAAGAAACACUUUUUCUACCAAAGUUUUGGUUUGUAUGCUGUAGUUGAGUAUUCGAGCCAGGAGAGUGUCGCCUCCUUACUUGAACACGCUGCCAUACCCACUGUCAACCAUGAGUCCAUGGUGCCUUUUAAAUCCAGACUGCUGUCACUGAGGAGCCUCGCCUCAGUGGGAUCAGCGGACCAGCAGUCAGGCCAACAUUGCCAACCACAAACCAGCCCUCCCAUCAGCGAGCUCAUACAGAGACUGUCCAGAGAGGAGAGUAUAGACCAACAGAUCACUGCCCUGACAGAAGCCUACCAGCUGACAGAGGAGAACAUCAGGCUGCGAUUUCUUGUCUGCUCUCUGCUCAAGGACAUUGCGGCUGCUUAUUUCCCAGAAUGCACCAUCAGGCCAUUUGGCUCAUCAGUGAAUGGCUUUGGGAAGCUCGGCUGUGACCUGGACAUGUUUUUGGACCUGGAUGGCAUUAGUGGAAGAAAUGUUAAGAUGCCCAGAUCAGGUCUCUCCCUCGAGUACCACAUGAAGAGUGCCAACUCGGAGCGCGCCGUCACUCAGAGCAUCCUGUCCGUCAUCGGGGAGUGUGUGGACAAGUUUGGGCCUGGGUGUGUGGGGGUGCAGAAGAUUCUCAACGCCCGAUGUCCACUUGUCCGUUUCGCCCAUCAACCCUCUGGUUUUCAGUGUGACCUCACGGCCAAUAACAGGGUGGCGAUGAAAAGCACAGAGCUGCUCUAUCUGUAUGGAGAGCUGGACCCGCGGGUGCGGAGCCUGGUGUUCGGCGUGCGCUGCUGGGCCCAAGCUCACAGCGUCACCAGCAGAAUUCCUGGGGCGUGGAUCACUAACUUCUCCCUCACUGUGAUGGUGCUGUUCUUCCUGCAGAGGAGGAGUCCACCCAUCAUCCCCACACUGGACCACCUCAGAGACCUGGCAGGUCCCGCGGACAAGAGCGUGAUCGAAGAUAACGACUGCACAUUUGUCAGCGACUUCAGUAAGAUCCACAUCCACAGGAACACUGCAGCACUGGGGCAGCUGCUGUGUGAGUUCUUUGACUUCUACGCCUCCUUUGCUUUCAACAAGAUGUCCAUAAACAUCAGAAAGGGCAAAGAGCAGAACAAACCAGAGGUCGUCCCCCUGCACAUCCAGAACCCGUUUGAAACCUCUCUGAAUAUCAGCAAGAACGUCAACAGUACGCAGCUGGAGCGCUUCGUGGCGCUGUGUCGGGAGAGCGUCUGGAUACUACAACAGAGUGCGACCAACUCACCCAGUGGUGAAAGUGGAGCCACGCCAUGGGGACUAGCUGCUCUCCUCCAGCCUUUACAGGUCCCUGGGAACAAAGGUCGCAAAAGGAGGAGUCGAGAGCCGGCCAGUGAAAGAAUUAAGAGUUUGUUAGAAUCUCUAAAGAUUAAGAAUCAGUCGUAGAUGAGCAAAGACUCCACCAGAACCUCUGCAGCGGUUACAUCUGCUCGAAUGUAAUACCCAACAUGACCACCGGAGGCUGAUACUGAGUCUUGUUUGUACAUACAUGGGACUUGACUGUAGACUUCUACUCUGUUGUAAUUAAACAAAAUACUGUGGAAACAGAU